AACGCCAUGGAAACGUGCCGCACCUGUGCGAUUUCCAUGUUCGUGUGCGAUUUCGAGAGUGGCGUAAACAACAGCCACUUCCUGGACCUCCAUCAUCCCAACUGCUGGCCCAGCGAAAUGGCCCAGAUUCGCCUCCAGUUGUCCAACUGGAAUCUAAAGAUCUCUCCCAACGACGGACUGCCCCAGAAGAUCUGCAGCGACUGCUUCACCAAGUUCUGCUCGAUCCACGCAUUCCGAGUCGCCUGCCAGGAGGCACAGCUGAAGCUGUCCAACAUCUACGACAAGAUCGAUGCCAGCAGCCUGGAAGAUGAGCACCACGAGGACCAGAACCUGGAGCAGGCGGAGGAGCAUCAGGAAUCGGAAACAUCCAAAGCAACAACGACGGUUUCAGCCGAAACACAACCUAACACUGCCAGUGAUCCCAUAGAGAUUUUUGUGGAUGCCGUAGACAUCGACGAGGCGGAGCAGGAGGAGGAGCCGUAUGAUGAGAAGUUGGACGAACCUAUCACAGAGCAGUCUCCUCCCCCGGAACUGACCAUCAGCUAUGCCUGCAAGUUCUGUCUGCGCCCGCAGGAGAGCUACCAGCUGCAGCAACUCCUGCUGGAACACAUCAACGCCAGCCACGAUCCGGAGCAGCCGUACAAUUGUCCGGAGUGCGAGGCCCGUUUCCAGGACGCCGCCUCGCGCACGGUGCACCUGAAGAGCUGCCACGUGGAGAAGCAACAUGCGUGCGGGGUGUGCGGCAAGAAGUACGGCGACAGGCACAAUCUGCGCCACCACGUGGAGAAGUACCACUCGGAGACGGACUUUGAGUGCGCGCUGUGCGAGAAGCGCUUCUACACCCGCAAGAGCCUCAACUACCACAUGAAGUGGCACAAUCCGGAGCGCCAGUUCAAGUGUCGCCACAGCGGCUGCGAGCGACUCUUCAUCAGCCAGAGGCAUCUCAUGUGCCACGAGGCCACCCACUCGGGCACCAGCUCCCGGAAGAGCGAGCACUGCGGCUUCUGCGGCAAGACAUUCAUACAUCUGAAGACCCUUCGCUGGCACAUUUACAGGCAGCACGGCGGCGAGAAGCCCUACAAGUGUGCCAACUGCACGGAGGUCUUUGCAUCCUAUGCGGAGAAGAGGAUUCACAUGCUGGAGCGGCACAGGGAGAACCUAACGGCCAUCGAGCGGAGUGAGUGCAUGCUGUGCCGCCAGCCCUUCUCCAGCGAACCGGACUUGAUCCACCACAUGUCCGCGGAGCAUUUGCAGCGACCUGGAGCUCCAGUCAUCGCGAACAACAAGCGGGUGCUGCAGCAGAAGCGGGAACGCCAGUACUCCGGACUCUUUCAGUGCGGCAGCUGCAGCCAGCGGUUCAACAUGAAGUCCGCUCUGGAGCGGCACGCCGCCGUGCAUUCCGAGAAGGAUCGACCACACGCCUGUCCACACUGCUCCAAGCGGUUCAAGCGCGCCCAGGACAUGAAGUGGCACAUCAAGACGCACGAGAAGGAGAAGCCCAAUGUGUGCGAUGUUUGUGGCAAGGCCUUCGCCCUCAAGUAUGUGCUCACCCAGCACCGGCUGAGUCACGAGGUCUUGGAGAAGAACUUCAAGUGCAACGUUUGCGGUCGAGCCUAUCUGUUUGAGAAGUCAUUGCGGCUGCACCAGCGAACUCACACGGGCAAAACCUACUACAAAUGCGAUCUCUGUCAGGAGAGAUUUGUCACGCACAUUAAGCUUAAGACUCACAUGCAAAAGACACACGCCUCUCAGCCGCACGCGGCGGACCACCCUCUGGAUGAUCUGAUCAACAUUGUGAUUUCCUAACCAAGUGGAACAGCAAAGAUAUCUGUCAUAGCCAAGCACAGCGCAGAAACUGCAAUGCAUUGCGAGCGUAGCUCUCGGAACUCAAGCCUACAUAGACCAUACACACAUACAUGUACCCUCCAUCCACUCACUAGACCAUAUGCACGCAGCGAUCCUAGGAUCGUAGAUGUGCUUAGAGCUUUAUUUAGAAGAUAUCCGUAGGCCAUAACCCGUGCAUAUAUCUCUGUCCAUUUCCUCUUCGAUCGGUCCUUAAGGAGCGCUUCAGCCGCAUAUCUCUUUCUAUCUCUGAUCCAUAUUAAUCUCACAGAACGCCUUCAAAACUCUCCAAGCACAUAUAUAUUUGACCACUUAGCGAUAAGCGAUAAGUAAGCAAUGAGAACAAACAGAAUGUUGUACGAGCAAUCUAAGCUUUGCGGCAAACUUUUAAUGCUCAAGAAAUGCAUUUAUUUCCAAAUGAAACCGAGAAGUAUUUACAAUAAUUAACGAAAAUGUAUAAGAAUAUUUAAAAUAUCAAUAUACUAUGGAUUUUAUUAUAAGUAGUUGAAGAAAUAUUUACCAAAUUCAUGUUCCGAAUAAACAUUCAUUUGACCAAUGUUUGAA